AUGUCUUCAUCCGAUAUCACCAAUUGGCUAUCUCGAGUCGUAACUGGCCGUGACACGCCUGGCCGCACCCAGCCCAACCGCGGUGCUGGACGUAACUCGGAGGACGAGGGGGAAGAUGUGCCCGCUGUCGGCGCCAUCCGCCUGGACGAUCGCCCAGACAAUUACUAUCUCAGAUCGAAUUAUCCUCCUUCUGAAGAUGAGGGGACGGCCCCGAGCAUCCCCUCCCGCGAGACCGGUAGCUCUCCUGGACUCAUUUUUACUCCUUCUUCAUCGUCGAGGGCCUCGACUAACAACUCGCAGGUCAACCUCGAAGAACGGCGCCGUCAGCGACUUGGUCGUCGGUUUGACGAACAGACGCAGACGACUCGUGAGUUAAGCCAGCAACCUGAGCUAACCAUCCACGAGGAGCUCCUUCGUCGCCAAGAGGCUGAGCGAGCCCUCCAAGCGACCCGCGCCGACCUCGAGGCCAUCCAUGAGAGCGUGGGCUCAAUUGCGGACCACGUUUCGCUGGUUGUCCAAGCUUUGAAGAAGGCUGGAAAGGAGCCGACGGAGGAGAACAUGGAUAGUGCUCUGUCGGAGGCUCUGAGUGUGGGCGAGAGGCUCGCUGAACUCCACGCCAGCAUCGGGGACACUCUCCAAGAUGGGAAGUGA